CAUCUAGUUGUUUUAAGACAAAUCCACCCUUUAUUUCUACUCAAAAUUACACAAUUCCUUCUAAAGUACAACUGUUUAAAGCGUCAUUCUUUUCUCUCUAUCUAAUCCACGAGCCCACAUAAAACGAACUCUGGGCAAAGAAAAGAGCAGCUGCGCUCACAUGGUGGUUGUUAAAUUUUGAUUUUGACCUUGUUUUAAAAUUUCCUAGGGUUUUUCCUAUUCGAUUCCAAUUUGGGUUUUUAUAAAAUUAUCAUUUCAAGGUUUUUGAAAAUGAGGCAAGGCAAGGAAGAAGCAAUAUGCAGUGUUGAACAGGCUAUUGACUUGAUUUCAGUGGUUAAGGAGAUUCAUGGGCUUAACUCACAGGAGCUUAAUAAGUUGUUAAGAGACUCUGAAAAUUUUACCAUUCACUUUGUUACUGAAAAAGGAUUAGAAGUAAAGAUUGAUGUGGAAAAACUUGCAGGAUUUCUUCCUUUGCACCUUAUUGCAGUGCUCUUGUCAUCUGAUAGAGAUGAAGCCCUGCUCAGAUAUUUAUUAUGUGGCAUCCGACUUUUGCAUUCUUUGUGUGAAUUAGCGCCCCGCCAUACUAAACUUGAGCAGAUUUUGCUUGAUGAUGUAAGAGUAUCAGAACAGCUGAUUGAUCUAGUCUUCUAUGUUUUGAUUGUUCUCAAUGAUUAUAGACAGGACAUCCAUGAUUCCAGUCCCGUACCUCUUUUGCAUUCAGCACUUGUAGCAUGUAGUCUGUAUCUAUUGACUGGAUGUAUAUCUUCACAGUGGCUAGAUCUGGCUCUAGUGAUAGUGGCACAUCCUAAGGUUGAUGUGUUUAUGGAUGUAGCUUGCAGAGCAGUUCAUCUAGUUGUCAGGUUUCUCCAAAACAAGCUGUCUGCUCAGCAUACAGAUAAUUGUCUCAAGUUGAGUCCAACUGCUGAAUCAAUGGUUAACUAUCUUUGCCAACAAUGUGAGGCUUCUUUACAGUUCCUUCAGUUAUUGUGCCAACAAAAACCGUUUCGGGAGCGCUUACUGACGAAUAAGGAACUAUGUGGAAAGGGUGGGAUUCUUUUUCUGGCUCAAUCCAUCCUGAAGUUACAUGGACCGUAUUUUGUAGAAUCUUCCACAGUCAUGGCUGCAUUAUCUAGGCUGAAAGCUAAAGUCCUGUCAAUUUUAUUGCAUUUGUGUGAAGCAGAAAGCAUUUCUUAUCUUGAUGAGGUUGCCAGCUCUCCAGGAAGCCUGGAUUUGGCAAAGUCUGUUGCACUUGAGGUUCUUGGGUUAUUGAAGACUGGACUCAGUAAAGAUCCCAAACAUCUCAGUGCUAGUUCUGAUAGAACCUAUCCUAUGGGCCAUCUUCAACUUAAUGCAAUGCGUCUAGCUGAUAUCUUCUCUGAUGAUUCAAACUUUCGAUCUUACAUCACUAUUCACUUCACUGAAUUUUUGAGUGCAAUAUUUUCACUCUCUCAUGGAGAUUUUCUAUCCAUGUGGUGUUCUGCUGAUCUCCCUGCAAGGGAAGAAGAUGCUACCCUGUAUUAUGAAUUAUUUCCCGCAGCCGGAUGGGCUUUGGAUUCAGUUUCAUCAUCAGACCUAUCAAAUACAACAAAUCUAGAAUUCACCUUUAUCCCCAACAACAACAUGCCUCAGGCUUCUUAUGUACAUCAAAGAACAUCUUUAUUUGUCAAAGUAAUUGCAAAUCUUCAUUGUUUUGUUCCUAACAUAUGUGAAGAGCAAGAGAGGAACCUCUUCCUUAACAAGUUUCUUGGGUGCUUGCGAAUGGAUCCAUCUAAGCUAUUACCCGGUUUUGCCUUUAUCUCUGGUUCACAAAAAGUUGCUGCUAUUUAUAGGAACUUGCGUUCCUUGUUAAGUCAUGCAGAAUCUUUAAUUCCUGCUUUUCUGAAUGAGGAUGAUCUGCGGCUCUUGAGGGUAUUCUUUGACCAAUUGCAGUCACUGAUAAAUCCUUCUGAAUUUGAAGAAAACCGAGUUCAGGACGAUCGAAGUCUAGGGGGUUGCUCAUCUCCUUUACUGAGAAGAGAACCUCAAAAUCUUAAUAACCGAAAUGGUAACCUGAAAGAGGAAAUGUCUGAGAAUUCUGCUUUCCAAGAAGACGAGCAGUUUUAUGUCAGAAGCAAUCAUAUGGAUCAAGCUGAUGAUAUAACAAGGCAAGACAUGAUAGAUGAUAAAAAUAAACCUGUUUCACGUAGUGGUUUGAAAGAGAUUGACAGAGAUGUUCAGAAUGUUGAAACAAGUGGUUCAGAUACAAGUUCCACAAAGGGAAAAAAUGCCACUGAUAAAUUAGUAGAUCGCCUCAAAGAAAGUACACAUCCAGGAGUUCGAGAGGAUGACAAAGUUGAAACUGUUCAAACUGAAGAAAAGCAACGAAGGAAAAGGAAGCGGACUAUAAUGAAUGAUGAACAGGUAACAAUAAUAGAAAGGGCCCUCCUGGAUGAACCUGAAAUGCAGCGAAAUACUGCUUCUAUACAAUCGUGGGCGGAUAAAUUAUGUCAUCAUGGCUCAGAGGUUACAUGUUCACAACUAAGGAACUGGCUUAACAACAGAAAGGCCAGGCUUGCACGCUUAAGUAAGGAUGCUCGUCCCCCUCCAGAACCUGAUAAUGCUUUUGCAGGAAAGCAAGGUGGGCCACAACAAGGUCAUUCGUUAAAAGCACCUGAUAGUCCUGGUCAAGAGACUGCCCCCUCAAAUACCAGAGGUACUCGAAGCAUGUCAAGAAUCAACACAAGUGAAAACCCAGAGGCUUCAGAAUUUGUUGAUUUUGGUGCUGCAGAAUUUGUUCAGUGCAAGCCAGGCCAGUUUGUUGUGCUUGUAGAUGGAAUAGGUGAGGAGAUUGGUAAGGGAAAAGUACAUCAGGUGCAAGGUAAAUGGUGUGGAAAGAGCUUGGAGGAAUCGGGGACCUGUGUUGUUGAUGUGGUUGACCUAAAGGCCGAUCGAUGGGUGAAGCUACCCUACCCUUCUGAAGCCACAGGUACCUCAUUUGAAGAGGCUGAAAAAAAGGUUGGGGUAAUGAGAGUUAUGUGGGAUUCAAACAAAAUAUACUUGUUACGACCUCAAUAAAUUUCACUCUUUGUUGAUU